AUGAUUGAGCUGGGUCUUGCUGAUGGCAGCCUGAUCGAUGAGCUGAUGGAGCUGACGGCUCAGAGCCUCAGUCACCUGGAGAUCCAGGAGCACUUCAACAUCAUCAAGGAGAUCGGCCGGGGGAAAUACGGCAAGGUGCUGCUGGUCACACAUCGCUGCAGGGGGACUCCCAUGGCCUUGAAAGUGAUGCCCAAAGCGUCAACUAAGCUGCAGGGCUUCCUGAGGGAAUACUGCAUCUCCUUACACCUGUCCUGCCACCCCUGCAUUGUGGGCCUCUUUGGCAUUGCCUUCCAGUCUAAUGAGCACUAUGGCUUUGCCCAGGAGCUUGUCAUUGGCCGAGACCUGUUUGCUGUCAUUCAGCCUAAGGUGGGUAUCCCAGAGUCGUCGGUAAAACGUUGUGUCCUCCAGAUCGCCAGUGCUUUGGAGUUCAUCCACAGCCACGGCCUGGUCCACCGUGAUGUCAAGCCGGAGAACAUCCUGCUGCUGGACAGCCUCUGCUGCCGCGUCAAGCUGGCUGACUUCGGCCUGGCCCAGAAAAAGGGCACCCUGAUAAGUUUUAUCACGGGAACCCUGCCCUACAUGGCCCCAGAGCUUUGCGGCGUGGCCCUGCUGGAGGGCCAGAAAGAAGUGACCGCCCCUCCGCUCAGCGUGGAGCCCAGCCUGGACACCUGGGCCUUCGGGGUGGUCAUCUUCUGCAUCCUUACGGGCUACUUCCCCUGGGAACGCUGCAUGGACUCAGAUGACUUCUACCAGGAGUUUGCAGACUGGUGCGGAACGGAGGAGAAACCUACAGCUGAGGAGGACGUCCCUCCUUUGUGGAGGAGGUUCACACCUGAAGCCAUGGAGAUGUUUAGUAAACUCCUGGCUCUGGAUGCAGGGAAGAGGUGCACAGUGGGAGAGGUGGGAGCGUAUGUGGAGAAGGACUGGUUAAAGAAGACACAGGAGAAUGGACAGCCACAGACAGCAGAGAAAGGAAAAGACAGCAACAACAACACCUCCAGCGCAACUGCAGAGAGGAUGAAACAGCCUAAUAUCUAA